UUUCUAAAAACACAUUCAAUUUGCUCUAACAGGAAAGUUCGUUUCUCUCGUAGUAUGUGUCACAAACAAUUUGCAAACACACCGAAUCUAAGCCAAGAGAAGAAAGAGUGAUGGCCAUGGACGCUGCAGCUUCUCCGGCUUGGGAACAGAUUGAACUUUCAGAAAGAUAUAUGAUGUGUUGUAUGUUCCAAGAAGCAGAAUCUUUGUCUUCCUCAAUUAUAGAGCGAUUGGUUGAGAGAAGGGGUAAAACUAGUGAAUUUGUUGAAGACAACUCCGAAUUAAGUGAGAUGCUGGAAUCGGCUGGCAUGGUUUUGGUGCAGUCCUCCAAAGAGUUGGGAAGGACAGUAGAUUUACUGAAGCAGCUGAAAGUGCUAUUUGGUUCAGUCACAGCUAUUCCUGCCCAAGUUUUCCUUACUGGGGUGUGUCUCCAGAUACCAGAUGUCCCUUCUUCUGAAGUUCGAGAAAUUCUAGAGGAAUUCCUUAGGAAGUGGAGAUAUGUUGAUGGGAAGUAUUAUACUCUAGAAAGUGUGGAAGCUGAUGUACCUUGCUCGGAAGAAUUUAGCAAUCAGAUUUCCCUAGGAGUUGAUAAGUACCUGGAAAUUGUUGAGCUCUAUGUGAUAACUUUUUUGGGGAGGAUUCUGGAAAAUCUGGAUUUUGCUAUCUCUUGGGUUGACAAAGCUUCCCUUCCUGAGGAGAAGAGGCAGGAUCUUUUGAGGCGGUUGCACUCCAUGAACACUUUAAAGCUUGGCAGUUCUUCACAGUCCUCUGCAUUAUCGGUCCAAGUAGAUGAAUAUCCAACUGAUUCCACUUCCCUGAUUGAAGAAAAAUCAUGCAAUGGAACAGCAAAAUUGUUGGAACGCCAAGACCAGUCUAAAGGAGAGAUCACGAAACAAGCAAUUAUGGAGUUAACGAGACAGAGAACUCCAUUUUGGUGGUUCCGUACUGUCACUUUGAAGUUUGGAAGCAGUCGCUUGGUCUUAUCAAAUGGAAGCAUUUUUCUUGCUUUUCUGGCAGCACUUGUGUACUAUACGGUGCGGAGAAAACAAGCCUCUUUAUGGAGUGUUCUUAAGAGACAAGCUUCAUCUACAAAGAAGGCUUUGGUCGACUUCUGGCAACUUGCAUUCUCGUACCAAGUGAACCCUCUAGCUGCUGUUCAACCUCUCCCUCCUGCAACGCGUGGAAGCCGGUGAUGCACAAUUUUGUUCCUCAUAGUUGCUCAAAACUAGAGCUGUUACUUGUAGGUAAAUAAAAGAUCACUGAAGUUAUUGCUACUAUCACCUUAAAUUGGAGAGGACCAUCCAGAAAUAAUAGUAAAGUUUGGUUCAAGUUCGCAUUCUUUGCCAGUAGAGUACUGCAUCAUACAGUUAAUCUAUCUCGUCUUUUUUCUUUAGCGCUUUAGUUUAUUCUCUUGGCAAAGGGAGUAUCUCAAUUUCUCAAAUUUAUAAGGUGAUGUCAUUCAUUUUGUUUGAUUUAUAACUAUCGUACUAUGUUUGAAAGCUA